CCCUGGAAACACCAAGCUGCUGUGGCACCUCUCCUCCCAUUCUAUAAUACUUCUCUACUCAAUAUGGGUAUCCAGCGUGGAAGUCAGGCAGCACAUGCUGGUCCCUCCAGCAAUAUCAACCCAUUGGUGCAGGAGUUUGGAUCUCUUCAAGUCCUCGACGACUUGAUUCGGUUACGUUCCGCUGAUGUCGUCCAAUGCCCCAUUCUUGCCUAUCCUCGUUCCGAGAACGAUGCAGCUUCCUAUGAGUACUACACCGGGAAACACUUGGAUGCUAUGAUAAACCAAGCUGUCAUUAUGCUCAUAGGUGAUGGAUUCAAGCAGCGAAUACAAAGCCCGUCCACCGUGGCACUUCUUACUUUGUCCGACCUCAACAUGGUGAUCACCUUCUUUGCCCUAAGUCGACUAGGCUAUACUGUCAUGAUGCUCUCACCAAGACUUUCGGGCGAAGCCUGCGUCUCAUUACUAGAAACGGUCAACUGCGAGUCAAUCAUAUAUAGCCAAGCUCCAAAUAUCCGCUCAACAUUGGGUGACAUCCUCCGUCGGAGGCUAGUGAGCUGCCGUCCAAUACUCUCAUGCUCUUUGUACAACAAGACACAAUCGCCAUCGCUUGUUUUGCAUCGCAAUCGAAACCCCGAGAAAGUCGCCUUAAUCCUUCAUUCCUCAGGAUCGACAGGUACCCCAAAACCACUCUUUCUCACACACAAAGCCAUCAUGACUCACCCGCUGAGGGGUCCUGGUUUCACUUCCUUCAAUACUCUGCCAUGGUAUCACCUCCAUGGGCUAUCCACAGCAUUACAGGCGAUGUGGAUGAGAAAGACGGCCUAUAUGUGGAAUGCUGCGCUGCCUUUGACUGCAGAACUCGUUGCUAGCGCCCUCGCAGAAGCCAAACCAGAGUCUAUAGCAGCGGUUCCCUAUAUGCUUCAAAUUUUGAUUGAUGAUCCUCGCGGUAUCACAGCGCUGAGGCAAUGCAAGUUGGUCACAUAUGGAGGUGCACCCUGUCCCGACGAACUGGGCGAUCGCCUGGUAAGUGAAGGAGUACACUUUGGAGGUUCAUUCGGCCUCACCGAGGCUGGCCUUGUUGCAGAAUCAAUUUCCCGACCAAAAGGUGACCCUUACUGGAACUAUCUGAAAUUCUUCGACAAUAUCCAACCAUAUGUUUGGAUGAAGCCCAUCUCUGAAUCAGACUCGCUUUUUGAAUGCGUUUACCUUGCUGGCCAUCCGGCAUUAACAACUUCGAAUUCAAACGAGCCACCAGGGUCCUUCCAUUCAAAAGAUGUCUUCAUUCCUCAUCCUACAAUUGCGGGAAGAUGGAAAUACAUCUCACGGCUGGACGAUCGAAUUAACCUAGUGAAUGGCGAAAAGGUCCUACCACUCCCGAUUGAAGGUCACAUCAAACAACACCCUUUCAUUCACGACGCAGUUGUGGUCGGAGUAGGCAAAGCUGCUCCAGGACUAUUGAUCUUGCGAGCGGACGACCCUGAAGCCAACUCUCUCUCAGAAGACAACUAUCUCAAUGCAAUCUGGCCAAUAAUUCAAGAAGCCAACUCUCAGGCAGAGAGUUUCUCUCAAAUAUCCCGGAACCUGGUUGCUAUACUGCCAUAUGACGCCAAGUUUGCUCGAACAGAUAAAGGGUCCAUGAUCCGGGCGCAGGUCUACCAAGAACACAGUGAACUUAUCGAAGACCUUUAUACGGAGAAGGAACAGAUUCAUGGGAAGCUGCUGCUUGAUGAAGCGGAAACAGAACGCAUUCUUUUUCAACUAGCCCAGCAAGAACUUGGAAUACCUAUUUCUAGCGUCGAUGCGAACUUCUUCUCCGAGGGUGUGGAUAGUCUCAAGGCAAUCCAUUUCAGACGUCUUAUUCUACAACAUUUCAAGUUUGAGAUGAGCCAGGCUCCUGGUCCGAACGUCAUAUUUGAAGCGGGCUGUAUAUCACAGUUAGCUCGGCAUAUCUGUGCCUUGCAAAAAGGGGAGGCAAUUGAAGACGCCGAUAAUGAUGUCUCUUUAAUGACUGAAUUGGUCAAGAAAUACUCUGUAUUUGAGAGGCACACGCCCCGGCCGCACGCUUUCUCAGGAACCAGCAGUGUGCUUUUGACAGGAGCUACCGGGUCAAUUGGGGCCCAUGUCUUAUAUGAGCUUCUCAACGACGACACUAUUUCCACAGUGUACUGUCUCACACGACGUGAAUCGCCACUAGACUCAAUUCUCCGCACUCUCACGGACAAAGAUCUUCCCAUAUCCCCCGAACAGAGAGCAAAGAUCGUCGCCUUCAACAGCCGUAUUGAACAGCCCAACUUUGGGCUAUCGCUGGAUCAAAAUACAAUCAUGCACAUGCUCGACACGGUCUCGCUCAUUAUCCACACAGCAUGGCCCGUCAAUUUCAAUCUUCCCUUGGCUGAGUUUGAGCCACACAUCCAGGGAUUAUACAAUUUGAUCCAACUCUCCUUAUGCGUGCAUAGACGUGAGCCUGCCGUCCUGAUGUUCUGCUCGUCCGUCUCAACCGCGCUCGGAUCUCGAUCACCCGACAUCCUAGAAGAACCAGUCGACUUGGAUUGCGCCCUUAUGGGCUACGGGCAGUCCAAGCUAGUUGGAGAGCGGAUUGUGAGUAACGCACGACGCAAUGGAGCACGGGCUUAUUCUCUUCGAAUUGGCCAAGUCUCAGGUCACUCGAAGAAAGGCCUUUGGAAUGACUCCGAGGCUCUGCCGUUAAUGAUCCGGUCGGCACUAACACUCGGUGCAUUGCCCGAGCUGUCGCAGAUAUGUUCUUGGCUUCCGGUGGAUAAGCUGGCGGCCACUAUUCUUGAACUUGCGAGCACGUGUGCUGCGCCAAGUGUGUUUGGAGAAAAUCCGGCGUCGAACUCAGCUGUAGUGGAGUACGUUGAUGACUCGAUUUUCAAUUUGUGUAAUUCUCGCGAAUUCACCUGGUCGUCUUUGCUACACACGUUGAAGAGUUGUGGGUUCCGAUUCGACACCGUACCUUUUGAAGAAUGGCUGAUGAGACUUCGUCGGAGUGAGACGAGGGGUGAGGAACAUGUCAAUCCGGCGGUCAAGCUCAUUCAUCAUUACGAGACGAUGCAUGGGAAUGAAUCAUCUUUACAAAAUGGACCAAAAAGGUUCAUUACGGAGAAAGCUGAAAGAAGUAGUGUAACUUUGCGAGAUGGCGGACUGAGAAUAAUUGAUGAUGGAAUUCUGAGAUGCUACGCCCAGGACUGGUUGGCGAGGUGGACAGCCUAG